ACUUCCGAAACAGUGGAGGUGGAAAUAGUGUAGCGGCAGCUGGGUGGGUGCUUUUGGCUCUGGGAGCUACGUUUGAGAAUUUGGCGAGUUGCCUGGUUUGGGUGUGUUGAGUAGCUUUAGGGUCGCGGUUACGACUGGCUGUAGUGUUGGAGAAGGAAGAAAAUAACACCGAAAUUUUAACGAAGUGAUGGGGAAGAACGAAGAAUUGCCUUGGGAUCUGUUUGAUCGAUGUCUUCUUCCCGUCAUAUUUUCCCAUGCUGCCGCAGUUAUUCUUUCAACAAUCCUCAACACUCUUUACAUCUCCCAAAUCUCAACGUUUACACUUUUCCUCUGGUUCGUCAUAUCCAGUCUCGGUGCAGUCUUCUUCUAUCAUAACCUCAAGGUAACUGCAGCUGGUAAAACUAUCCUAAUAACUGAUUGUACCUCAAGAAUAGGGUAUACGACUGCUCGCCAGUUGGAUGAUUUGGGAUUCACAGUGUUUGCUGGCUUCCAAGACAAGGAUAGAGGAAGUGAAAGUGCAAAAAAGCUGAAGAAGGACUCUUCAGGACGUCUGCAUAUUUUGCAGUUAGAUGUGACAUCAGAGAAACAGAUAUUAGCAGCUGCAGCUUAUGUGAAGGAGAACUUGCCUCAUGGAACAUCUGGUCUUUGGGCUGUAGUGAACAGUGCAACAUGGGCCUCCUUUGGUGAGGUUGAAUGGGUACCAUUUGAUGUAUACAAACAGUCUACAGACGUGAACCUCCUCAGUGUAAUCAGGAUCACUCAAGUUUUCUUACCACUUGUUCGCAGAACCAAAGGUCGCAUAAUAAAUAUUGUAAGUAUUCUUGGCCGUAUUGCAUCACCUCUCCGUUCUCCAUACUGUACAGUGAAGUUUGGAGUGGAAGCUUUCAGUGAUUGCCUCCGACUGGAAAUGCGACGUUGGGGAGUGGAUGUCAUUGUAGUUGAACCUGGUGACUAUACCACCGGAAAUACAUGGUUUACAGAUGAAGUAUUGCUGGCACAAGCUAGGGAUAUGUGGAAAUCAAUGAGCUAUGAAGCACGAGCUGAGUAUGGAGAGGAUUAUUUUGAACAGUCAGUUCGAAGUUUACAAACAUACACAAAAGGAGAAGAAACUGAUUUGACACCUGUACUUCGCUCUUUGACUGACGCUGUGUGCCGCACAUUUCCACUGUCUCGGUACACAUCAGUCACCCGUUCUGAGAAACUGCAGGCAUUUGUGGCUGAUCACUUUCCUCGCUCUGUAUAUGAUAUUAUAUAUACAUGAAACACUUUCAGAAAAAUGUUAGUGCUUCUAUAUCCAAAACAAUGGUAUCUCCAUUUCAGCAACGCAAUUUGAUUUGUUACGGAGAAAAGUAGAAGUGCACAUGGUCCUUUAUUUAUUUAAAAAUUAGCACAGCUAUUUUCAUUACCUAUAUUAUGUAUUCAGUUAUGCAGUUUUAGUUUAUCAAUGGUCAUGACAUACUUAAAUACCACCUUAUGUAGAAAUUAAAAUAUAAUGUAAAGUGUUAGACAGACUGCUGUAUACUGCAGAAAUAUGCCCGGAAAAGGAGGAGAUUGCUUCUUUAAAUACUGAAAAUGUAUAUGUAAAUGCAGGAGGAAAAAUGAAGAGUAGGGAUAUCAUAAAUAGGAUGGGAGGAAGAAAGACAAUGGCUUUAUUUUAUUUUGCCUCUCUAAGUCAGAAUUUUCUCUUGUAUGCCACAGUUCUUUUCCACUUACAUGAAAAUGCUUCAGACAUACGUGCAUAAGAGGAAUCGUCAUUCUGAACAGUUCUCCAGAUAUAUCAAGAGAGAACUAGUAUUUAUUAAAUUUCAUGUGUGCCUUGGAUAAUACAUACAAGGGAUCCUUCCAAGUCCCUUGUAGAUAAUUCACUUUUAAAAUGUCGGGCACUGAUGAUAUUCUAUAAAAUUUGGAUUGUGUCUGAAAAAGCUUCUGAACUUCAAGUUCUAGCUAUGCUCUUGAAUGAAAUUGUGACUGGCAAAAGAUAAGAGGGUCACUGAUGCUUCUGAGAGGAUAUGCCAAUUGUGUUCAUGAAAAUUAUAUUUUCUUGGUGUUGAUAGUCUUCUAGUGGUCAAAUAAUAGUAAUAGUAGUAGUAGUAGUAAUAAUAAUAAUAGUUUAUGCAGCAUUUUGGUAUAAAAUUAACACUGAUAAUUAAAAUAGUCAAAGCAAAAUAUAGUUUGUUGAGUAUGACUAUGGAAUCCAUUGUCUGAAUUCAUUAUAUAUUGGACUGUUAAGCAAGAGGUUAAGUGCGCUCCAUAAUACACAAGUAACCUACAGUUAGAUGGAUAGUCUUUUGUAUAGAGAACUUAACUCAAUAUGUGAAUGAAGUAUCACUUACAAGUAUGCCUACUAGGCAUACUGGAUAGAUUUUAAAUUUACAGGGGAUUUUAAAAUUUUAUGCUUUGACACAAAUCUUGUGUAGCUGAAGCCACUAAAAAAGGCUAUGAAUUGAUUACUAUAUAGACAAGAAUAGUAAUGGAAUAAUUAAAUAUUAAUAUACAAGGCAUCUUUAUAAAUUUGAAUAUAAAGACUGGGGUGUAUAACAAAUACAGAUUCAACUGUUACAAUAAAAUGGACAGUCAGUGAGAUGUUAAGCAAUUACAUCUAAAUAAACUCGUAGAUUUACACUGAUUAGCUUAUAACUGGCUGACGUUUUUAACAGUUACAGGAAACAAAAAAUUUAUAAUUAAAACUGAUAAGUCUGUCCAUUCAGAGGAAGAUGGAAUAACCCACAUAUUACAAAUAAAUUAACUAGAUUGUAAAUUCCAAAUGCCACAUUGAAUCACAGUAAGGAAAAAUGUAAUGGUUUAUGUAUAAUACAUGCCUUUACAUGAAGGAGCAUGCACAAGAAGCUGAUUAAUUUAAAUAAAUAAUGCUUCCCAUAUUCAAUUUGUAUAUCAGAAGGAAAUUCAUAUUACUUCAUGUAUGUUUCAGAGGCAUAUAGGGCUUGAGUCAUACAUUAUGAUGCAGCAAUCUUGCCCAAAAUUUCAUAUUCAGCCAUUUCAGUUAAGUCUGUAUUACAGCCAGCCCACACAAUUUAAAUAACUUCUUAACACUUGAAGAUUAAAAAAAUAAUCUACAUGUAGCUCAGACUUUUGGCAUUUACCCUCAAGGAACACACUUAACCUUUUAAAAAUAUCUGUUGGUCACUGAUAAAAUAAGAAAACAGUCACUGCUUUUUCUGAUAAAAAGAAAAUCAAAAAAUAUACUCUGGGCCUAAUACCAUGUUUCUUAACUUUGAAACACAGGUUUAAAUGCACUGUAAAUAGUCAAAGAAUGUUGAUUUUCUGGUGGUGAUGGAUUCAGUUCAGGCAGUGGAUAUAAACUUUCAGAUGUUUAUGCCAUCAAUUAAAUAUUGUUUGUCAGGGUAAUAAUAGAACACAAAAUGUUAUACAUUAUAAUAGAUUAUUUUGUCCCUACUGUUCUGUUUCUUAAAUUGUACUGGAGAAAUUAACACUGCAUAAUGACACACAGGCUAUUAAACUCUUCUGUUCUCCAUUGAAUGGCAAACUGCAUGAUUUAAAAGGCCAAAGCUAAGAAUACCUGUAAAAAACCAGCCAAUUGGAAUUAUGCACAAAUCAGCAUCAGGAGUAAGACACAAUGAAUUAAAAUAUUUUAAUUGCUUC